UCCGGUAGACGGAAGUGAAAGUCGUAAAGAUUAAAACAAAAAUACUCGUGGGAGAAGUCUGUUGUACAAGUUUUGACAUGUGGAUUCCAGUAACUAGUUGAUCUGCCCUACUCGGCUCCUGGGUACCGUAGUAAAAGAUGUCUUUACCUGACAGGGACAGGGAUAGGAAUUUCCAUAUGCAGGCGGAUUCGUUACCAUUACCACCUUCGGGUUCACCUUUGCGGAACGCCUCGUUACCCACACCUAUUCCACCACCACCUCCGUAUCAUGUAGAGACAACAUUUGGCACUUCAAAUUUUCCACCUGUUACAACUGUCAAACAUAAUGAUGAUUCCGAUGGGGAAUAUUACAAUUAUCUGAGUUCGAAUGCCAGCACUCCACCAGGAACUCUCGCCAAAAGAGUUACAAAUGGACUUGCAGAGCACAACCAUUUACCCAAAAUUUCAAGUCUGCUUCAGAUUCCUAGCCCAGUGACUCAGCGACAUAAUUCUGUCAGUUCUAACAGAUCGUCGUUAGUACCAGACAGUAAAGAGGACUUAAUAUUGGUGUUCGUAGACCCUCCAAACAAGACAUUGCUUUGUAAAUUGUGCAACAAGAUCUUCCGUGAUCCAGUCAUAGUAUCGUGCGGACAUACAUAUUGUCGCAGAUGUGUCCAGUUAAACACAGAAAGCUUAUGUCCAGUGGAUAAUGAUAAAUUGUCAAUAGUUGUAGCCAAUAUAGCUGUAUUUGAACAGACCGGGGAGUUGUUGAUACACUGUCGAUACGGUUGUCGUCUAAGUGAAGAUGGAGAAACGUACAAAUUGGACGAGGCUUUAUGCCCAGUAACUAUGAAGAUGUUGAACAGAAAUGAACAUGAAAAUGACUGUGAUUAUAAACCAGUUGAAUGCCCAAACAGAGCUGGUUGUCCCAAGUUACUGAAGAAAGAUUUGGAAGAUCACUUACGAUCUUGUAACAAUGUACGAUGUUCUAAUAAAAAAUAUGGCUGUGAUUUCGUUGGAACUCAGGAAGAAUUAGAAGAUCACUUGAAACAUUGUAAAUAUGAAAGCAUGAAAGAAUUUUUACAGAGGUCUGAUGAGAAAAUGUCUGACAUGCAGUUGACUGUUUUACAGAAAGAUCAAGAAAUCGAAUUUUUACGAUCGAUGUUGGGGAAAUUAGCCGAAAGACUCGAGAUGUUAGAAAAGUCAGUGGAUAUUAAAUUGGAAUUAGUUGAGCAUAAUCAAAGUAAGAUAAUGAAUGAAGUUAUGGACAACAGACGAGAAUACGGUACCCUGGCUGAUCAGCUCGCUUUAAUGAAUAAUAGAUUAGAUUUAGGUGCAACUGCUGGGGCAUAUGAUCCGAUUUCAAUCUUCAAAUGCAAGGGUACUUGUGUUGGUCAUCAAGGUCCGGUUUGGUGCUUGUGUGCAAUGGGCGAUCAUUUGUAUAGUGGAUCUUCGGAUAAAACUGUUAAGGUGUGGGACACAAGUGCGAACUUUCAAUGCGUGAAAACCUUAGAAGGCCACACCGGUAUAGUUUUAGCCCUGUGUACUCACGGUAAGAAACUAUUCAGCGGGUCUCAGGAUUGUAAUAUAUUGGUUUGGGAUACGGACAGCUUCGAGACAAUAAAAUGUAUUCAAGCCCAUGAUAACCCUGUUUGCACCUUGACCACGGCUAGAAAUAUGGUGUUUAGCGGUUCCCUGAAAGUUAUUCGGGUGUGGGAUGUCUAUACUUACGAGAUGAAGCAUGAAAUUACUGGACUGAAUCACUGGGUCAGAGCUUUAUCAGCUACAGCGGAAUAUCUUUUUAGUGGAUCUUACCAGACCAUCAAGAUUUGGGAUCUGACUACUUUGGAAUGUGUUCGUAUGUUAGAAACAUCUGGGGGAAGCGUCUAUAGUAUCGCUAUUACCCAUCACCAUAUUCUAUGCGGUACCUAUGAAAACUGUAUUAAUGUAUGGGAAUUGAGUACGUAUAAGCAAACCACAACCUUAAUGGGUCAUUCGGGUACAAUUUAUGCUCUGGCUGCUUUACAUACAGCUUCAGGUACAAAAGUCUUCAGUGCUUCCUAUGACAGGUCACUUAGAGUAUGGAGUAUGGAUAAUUUGAUUUGUACUCAAACAUUGGUACGACAUACUGGUAGUGUCGCCUGUCUUGCCGUGUCCAGAGGAAGAAUUUUUUCCGGCGCUGUUGACAGUACAGUCAAGGUUUGGCAGUAAGGAUUCUUGUGAUGGAUGUCAGACACAGAAGGUCAGGAAAUUGAAAGCCUGCGAGGAACAGUUCAUUUCUGAUUUGAUUGUGUGGAAUAUAUGCUAAAAACUAUUGUGAUAUUUGAUAUAUUAACAUGAUUUAUGUGAUGAAUGAAAUGUGAUUCAAUGGCACCUCAGAACCAUCAGGGCUAUAUUGCGCCAGUUUGAUGGCCAGAGUGACAUUUAGUUUCUUUCUUAAAUAUUAUCUUCUAAAAUUAUUCUAUUCUUUGUUUUACUUAUUGAAGACUCGUCUUCCUUUAAUUCAGUGGUUCUCAACUUUGUCUUGCCAACAGAACACCUUGGAACACAUGAAAAAAUAGCAGCACACCUGGCUAAAUGUAUAUGAAAAAUAUUUGAAUUUUGCAAAAUAAAAACAUGGUAAGUCAGAUGGAAUACAACCGUAGACAGAGACUAGUCAUAGACAAAUAGAAUGACUCAAACUAAAUAAAGAAUAACACAGCUAUGAACUUAUCAGCAGACACGAAUGAAUACUCUGUUGGGAUCGUGUGGUUUUUCCUAUUUUCUUAGUGCGAGGUUUAAAAUUCUGUGGCCCACUUAGGAAGAUCUCGCGGCACACCGGUUGAGAAUCACUGCUUUAACUAUUCAGGUUUUAGGCCUAGCCUAUAUAAUAAAUACUAGUAAGUCUUUGAAUUAAUGAUGUUAUAACUAAUAUAUUUAUUCGGUAUUUAUCUUUAUAUGUCUUUCUAUUACAUACGUACACUAUAUCUGAUUGUAUACUCACCUUCAUUUAUGGGGAGCCACACACUGUAACCAAAGUAUCAUUUAAUCUUGUGUAUCUAGCACUAAUUUCUUUCACAUUCGUUUAAUAUCAAAUCUUUGUUUAAAAAUUCAUAAAAACUGUUGAAAAUCACCAAAAAUCAUCUAAUUUGUACUUGUGUCCAGUAUAAAGCUGACCAUUCAAUUUUGAUAAUGAGUGUCCAAUUUACAAGUAUUUAAUUUCAUGACCACUGUUCACAAAUUAAUCAUUAUACAUCAUUUAUCAAUUGGGUUGUUUAUUUUUUAACAGUGCUUGAGAAAUUAAACACUUGU